AUGAAUGCUGCAAGUUACAUCUUCACUCUCCAGCUCUGCUUCAUGUUGGGUAUUUCUAGCUGUCACUGCCAGACCAACUUCUUUGAAGAAGUAGAAAAUCUAAAGGAGUAUUUUAAUGCAAGCAGCCCAGAUGUCGCAGAUGGAGAGCCCCUCUUCUUAGAUGUUUUGAGAAAAUGGAAUGAGGAGAGUGACAAAAAAAUCAUCCAUAGCCAGAUCGUCUCCUUCUACUUCAAACUCUUAGACACCUUGAAAGACAACAGGAUGAUCCAGACGAGCUUGGCCACUGUCAAGGAAACCCUGUUUAUUAAAUUCUUCAACAGCAGCAUUGACAAACGAAACGACUUCAUAAAGCUGACUCAGAUUCCGGUAAAUAACCUGCAGGUCCAACGCAAAGCUGUCAGUGAACUCAUCAAAGUGAUGAAUGAGCUGUCACCAAGACCUAUCCUAAGGAAGCGGAAAAGGAGUCGAUGCUGUUUUGGGACCGCAAAUCGUCCAAAUAAGAACCAUCCUGCCAGCGCUAUUUGA